UCUUCAACCUCGAAAAGAAAAUGAUGGUUUCACAACCAUGUUAAUCAUUGGUUAAUACAUCACGAUUCUAGAUCAGGAAGACUAUCAGAAUAUGAACUGUAAAUUAUAGCACAUCAGUGUCUGAAGGAAAUCCCACAAGAAAUGAGAUUUCCUUCUGAUUUACUCCACUUCAAUAAGGUGGUCACCAGUCACGUCAAACAAAUUGAGCGGAAGAAGGGACACAAAUACAAGUUUUCUACUUACAGCAAGUAUAACAUAUGCUGAUCUGGCUGCGGGGUAAAGAUGUAACAGUAAAGCUCCGAUUAAAUAUUUGAUUUUGACAAAAGGGAACAAAGACAGAGAUAUCCUCCAAGGCAGAAGAGGUAUAAUGGCACACGUUAUGAAAGAUUAUUGGCUACUAGACUCCUCAGUGCAAGACAUGGUCAUAGAAGCUCUAUGCCUCAAUCUAGCAGCGCUAUAUAUAUUCCACCACAUGCAUUCUUCUACACAAUUGUCUGAAACUUGGGAAGAAAAAGAAUGAAAGGAUACUUCUUUUACUCUUACUUCUGUCCUCAAGGUACACAUAAAUACUAGAAUUACCUGUCACAACAUGAGUGAUCAAAUGAUGAAGCAAAGAGAGUGGUCUCCAGAAACACCAGAUGCAAAGUCUGAAACUUUAGCCUGCUCCCAGCCAUCCCAUCAAGCUCCAAAAAAGAAGAAGACCAGCAGCAACAAGAGCAAGAGGAGAUUCAGUGAUGAACAGAUUAGGUUGCUAGAGUCGAUCUUCGAAUCAGACACAAAGCUUGAACCAAGGAAGAAGAUGCAGCUGGCUAGAGAACUCGGGCUUCAACCUCGCCAGGUUGCUAUAUGGUUCCAGAACAAGAGAGCUCGGUGGAAGUCAAAGCAGAUUGAGAAAGACUACAACAUGCUCAAGGCUAACUAUGACAGCCUUGCAUCUAGUUUCGAGUCUUUACAGGAUGAGAGGCAGACCUUGCUCUUACAGUUGCAGACUCUAAACGCACUGGUGGAGAAAACAUGGGAGGGAGAUGAUAACUGCAAGGGCUUGGAAGGAAGUCGCCAAGUCGCGGUAGCUUCAGAAGACAGAAACAUGUUUGAGCCUCAACCUGCACAGCAAGGAGUAGAGAACAAAGUAUUCAUAAGUUCACAAAGCUCACAAUUUGAUAAGACCAGAGGUUUUCUGCACCCGGGGUAUGAUGGGUACCAGCAGCUCGUCGACAAGGUUCAAGCUACAGAAGGUUCAUUACCACCAGGUUGUCAAUUUGACGUGUCUAAUGGAAGUUCACAAUGGUUCAACUUCUGGUGUUGAACGGCAAAACCCCAAGGAAAAUGCCUGAAGUUUGGUGGUUUUGAUUUGCUAGUAGUAGCUAAGAUUGGUUAGAGCAAGAACAUCAUGGUAUUGAAUGCAGCAGGGGGAUGAGCACUAAUUUGACAAAAAAAUAUUGACUGUGACAUCAUGCAGGAUGGCGAUUUAGGAAAUUUAAGAUGUAAAGUACAAGUUACAAAUACCCCAUAGCUGAAAUUGCAUUUAGAUUUCAAAAUUCUAAUGGUGUGUAAGUCAUAGCAUUGCAACAAAUGCAUAUGGAGGAAGAAUGUUGGUUUGGAAUUGUAUGAAAAAGCAGACAAGACUGCAAUCUGCAGCAUAAUGAGAUGAAACUAUGAACCAUGGGAAGACAAUCCAAACAGCUAUAGUAUUAGGCUAUUAGAGAAAAGAAAUUAUAAGGUAUCAACUUUCGACAGUCUUAUCAGUAACGUAUAAGGAUAGCUUGCAAGGUUUGAUAACAUAAGAAGAUUUUCUGAGUCUUCAGCCAUAGACAAUUAAACUCAAAGUCUGCAAAAUGGAACUUAAAGGCAAGAUUAGAAUGUCUUGAAGAACGGGGACAACGUAUCAACUUUCUCUUUGGUAACCCUUCGGGUCAGCAAAGCAAGCGUUGCCCUGAAAUUACCAAGGCUCAUAACUCGGCUCUCAGGUCAAAGGGACAAUUACGCAAACACUUGGUGGGCAAAGAGAGUUUACGCUAAUCCCAACCAUUCCGCUUCGCUGUAAGACUAUUCCCUGAUAUAUAAAAAAAACUCCCACCAAUCCGACGAAGCUGCCCUUAUUUCAAGGGAUUAUCCCCUCAACUGCUCACAACAAGACUCUGCAAUUUCCACAUACUGUCCCAGGAGAAAAAACCACAGCUUUCUUCCUUCCAUGUAGUAAAAAAAUCGGCUAAUCAACGGGAACGGAGAAUUUUGAUCCGUUUGUCAAGAAAAAGUUCUGUCUAUAUCUAACAUCCAUCCGACAGUUUGGCCGAGUGGUCUAAGGCGCCAGAUUUAGGCUCUGGUCCGAAAGGGCGUGGGUUCAAAUCCCACAGCUGUCAUACUUUUUCCUCGCCAUUUCCAACUUUUUAGCAACAGCACCGGCAAGCAAAUGCCAAAUAGUAACACCGACUGAUUCAUUUCUCGUCUCCCACCAGCUAAUCCAUGCAUCUCCAUCCCCCCAGCAAUGGGUUGGUUGCUAACCAGAUGUCUGUGCAACUUCCAUCGAUCCGAAUCCGAUCAAAUCGUGCUGAUUUUGUUAAUACGCACAAAGUUCAUACCGUCAUUUUGCAGCAGGGGGCUGAAAUUUGGUCAAAUUCUUCCUGGAUUGGAAGUUGGAACCUCUGCUGAGGGUGCUCUAGGAGGAUUGCAACGAAGAGGAACAACACCGUACCACAGGUUGCAAUAAAUUGAGUGCAUCUGC